GCUGCCCUUCUGUGGUCUGUCCUUCCUCCUCCUCCUGCUCUUCUUCCUCCUCCUCCUUCUCUUUCUCCUCUUCCUCCUCCAGCUCCUCUUUAUUGUGCAGCUAAAUCCGUGGCGGAUGUCCCUUUAACAGGCAGAGGCAGUCAACAGCAGCAGAGUGGAAGCAGCUUUCUCGUCCUUCAAACUGACCAGCGCGUCUUUCUGGCUCCUUCCGGCCGGCGCGGACCAGAGCAUCCAGUCUGCAGCUCUCCUCCACAAGCGGGAUUUCUUGAGGAGCUGGAAGUAAGCAGAAGAAGAGGAGGCCAUGCUCCCGCCACAAAUCACAGCCAGAGUGAGCUCAGCGUGUGUUUGAGGACAACAGUCUCCCCUUUGGCCCAUCCGGUCCGCUCGCUGUCCAGAACCAAAAGCAUAAAGCAGUUGACACCACAGAGAGCCAUGGCCUUCACACUGUCAGAGAUCAUGGCGGCAAGGCGGCAACAGACCCAGACCCAUUCACACACUCAGAGAGGCAGCAGGGCGGCUGUGGAGGUAGACGAGUACAGCACCAAUCCCACACAGGCCUUCACCUUCUACAACAUCAACCAGGGCCGCUUCCAGCCACCGCAUGUCCACAUGGUGGACCCAAUGCCUCACGACACUCCCAAACCUCCAGGCUACACACGCUUUGUGUGUAUUUCAGACACUCAUUCACGAACAGACGCCAUCCAGAUGCCAUAUGGAGAUGUGUUCAUCCACGCUGGAGAUUUCACCGAGCUUGGGCUGCCCUCUGAGGUCAAAAAGUUCAAUGACUGGCUAGGUACUCUGCCCUACGACAUCAAAAUAGUGAUUGCUGGAAACCAUGAGUUGACCUUUGACCAGGAGUUCAUGGCAGACCUCAUCAAACAGGACUUCUACUACUUCCCGUCAGCCUCCAAGCUGAAGCCUGAGAAUUAUGAGAAUGUCCAGUCGCUGCUCACCAACUGCAUCUACCUGCAGGACUCUGAGGUCACUGUGCGAGGCUUUAGGAUCUAUGGUUCUCCAUGGCAACCAUGGUACUACGGCUGGGGCUUCAACUUGCCGCGGGGUCAGGCUCUUCUCGACAAAUGGAAUCAGAUUCCAGACAACACAGACAUCCUGGUCACGCAUUGCCCCCCACUGGGUUUUCUGGACUGGGUUCCUAAAAAGAUGCAGCGUGUUGGAUGCAUGGAACUACUCAACACAGUUCAGAGGAGAGUCCAACCCAAAUUACAUGUGUUUGGACACAUCCAUGAAGGUUAUGGCAUGAUGACAGAUGGCACCACAACGUUCAUCAACGCCUCAGCUUGCACGGUGAACUUCCUGCCCAUGAACCCACCUAUUGUCUUCGACCUUCCAAACCCCAGGACCACAUGACUGCAGACAGCUGAAGCCCAGACCUCAGACGUCCGCCAAGAGAAAGGAGCCCAAGGAGGAAGUUGAGUGUGAAGGGCUGGACAGAUGGCGGUGUGUAAAUAUAAUCCUGGUGUGUGUUUCACAGUGUGCCAUAGUGGCAGACUGAUGCUUCCUCAGGCUUUCACCAUUAUUCCAUGUGCCAUAACUACUUCUUCAUGUUAACACUGGGCUUGAAAAGCAGAUGCAUGGACUCAUGGAGAGAAACAUUAAUAUGCAGACAUUUCUGUGUCCUUGCUGCACUGACAAUCUGAUGCUGCUGUCGGAGACAAAAGAGACUUCAUUGUCAGUUCAUUAAAAUUAUCAGUGAAACAGUCCAACUCCUCAUGUACACCAGAGCCUUGGCUGAGCAGCGGCAGAACAUUUGCCAAGAGGAUUUCACACCACUCUUCCUACUUUUCAACUUUAAUUUCCCAUGUCUUUCCUAGUCCCCUGCACACACACAGACCGUCCCGACUCCCCUUUUAUGCCUCCGCUUCCUUUCGUCUCCUUAGGGCCAAAGCAUGCUGGAAUGUGUUUUUUGUGUUUUUUUUUCUUUUUCCCAUUGGCAUGUUUGCACAUGCAAGACAUCAAAGGAAGUGUACAAGGGCAGCGAGAGGUCUCUGCCACAGACUGACAGUAUAUUGGGGUGUCAGAUGUGUCAACACUACUCUCUGGGGCUCAUUACAGCCUCAGGUGAUUCUCUAACCGGCUGAAAGGCAGAAACAGGGUGUAUCUCCCCCACACCCUUUCUGUACCACUGCUCCUCCAUCCUCUCCACCACUCCUGCUGUGACUAGCUCAGAAUGUAGCUGGUUCUGUCUGAGAGCUGAAAGGGACCACCAUUAAACCUGAAGGUGCUACACGCGAACACUUCUGUCCGUUCAAAACGAGCAACGCUAGACCACCAGAAGCAGCAGCUGGUGUUUCAGACUCCUCAGUUACUGUGUUUGUGGUUCUUUCAGUCAGGACAGGAAAGCCGUAACAACACACUGUAAUUGAUAUUUGUAGAGUUCCUCCCUCAGAAUAAAGAAGAGCUUGAAGCUCUUAAAUGCUGUUGCUAUGCUAUACUUUUUCAUUGAAAAAAAAUAAAAAUAAUUGUGAUUGUUACAUUUCAUUUGGUCUAUUUCUUAGUGAUGUAAAUGCUUGCUGUGGUAUUUAUUCUUUUUGUUUAGCUGUAUGUAUUGAUGUAUUUUGUAUUUAAAAACAAAAAAAUAGAUAAAAAUUUGUAAAAUUGUUUGGAUUUUUUCAAGGUUCUAUCUUGUAGAUUCGGUCGUCUAAAUAUGCUGAGCAUAACAAGACCAGGUCACUCUACAAUCUGUCUGCACUCCAACGAUGCAUGUGAACUUUCCUCAGUUUAUUCCUCUUCAUCCUCUGCUGCUUCUUCUUAAGUCUAAGUCUAUUGCACUACAUGACAUCUUAAGGAAAAGUGGAGAAUGUGUUGAGUUUUUUGAAGUUAUGAAUAAUGAGUAUCUUACCAGCAGAAUAUAACUGCUUUAUUCUACUGUUCUUUGACAAAGUCUCAUUGUGAUUUCAAUUUUAAGGGCCCUUUAAAUCAGAAUUAAAACUUGAGAAAUCAGAAGUCUAAGAUUGGUUCUAAGAUAACAUCCAAUUCACUGUCUGCUACAGGUAAAAUCUAUGGAAAGUUGCAGUUACAGUUUAUUUUUCAAUUCUAUAGGAUCAUCUCUUAUUAGACUUAAAAAUAGAAAUGCACACAAUCUUUGUGGUGUCUCAUCUCACAACGGUGGUUUAUCACAGCAUUCAUAAACAAGAAAAUCCCACAUCUUGUUUAGAACAUCAAAGUAAAGACAAAAAGAAAAUAAAUCCUGAGGAUAAUCUGUGGUUUCUACAGACCUGGAACAGAAAAUUCACUUCUCUAGGUCUCUAUGGUUCGUACUUGACGAGCAACCAAUGAAGUUGCUGUUACCUGUAAUCCUUUGUACUCAUGAUCAAAGCCAAGACAAUAUUCAGAAAAAUCAUUCAAUAUUGUGAAACUAGUCAAUGUCUUGAAACCGAUGGAGAAAUCAUGGAAGAGUGGAUCUUCAAAUGUCUCUCCAACCACAGUGAUUCCAAGAGCUAAUCAUGUCAAAGAGACUAAAUAUAAAGGGAAAACAGAAUAAAUCUCCAGGGUAGCAAAAACUGUUUCCAGGCCACAGCAGCUACAAACUGGGAGAAAACUCAUGCUGACCUCUGCCCUUUGGCCAAGACUGUUUACAAUAUAUUCAAUACAUCACUGAUCAGCAUUUAACAGAACUGUUACCAUGUUGAGGUGCCUGUAUAUUUCAGUUAGCUGAAUAGCUGAAAAACAAAAAAAACUCAUCAUGCAUCAACAGCUUUCUAAAUGUUCCAAUCAUCAGAAUAUUAAAGGUUCUUGGUUGGCAGUGUAUUAAACAUAGUGGCAAUUAAAAUGUCCAAAUUACUUUCAUAAUCAGUUUAAGAAAAAUCUCUUCAUGAAAGUUUUCUUGGUUUGUAUUUGGAAACUAUUAAUGUGAAUGUAAGGAAAACCAAGACAUGGAAUGAUGUUAUCAUGCAAGGCUGUUUCUCUGGUUCACCUGCAGGUUCCUGUGCAUAUUUACCAUCUGUCUCCUCCUGAAUCUGUUCUGCUUCAGUAGCUGUAUUAAUGUGCUUCCUGAUCUAUCCACAAAGAGACAGACUGGUUAUUGGUUUCUUUAGACAUUUUCCAUUCAGGAGAAAAAUAACUUCUGCUCUUCAGACAAUCUUUGUGUCAAUGUUUUUUUAUUUAAAAAAAGGGAUAUUUUUCCAAGUGAAGUAAAGGAGAGCCUCCACAGGCAGACUGAAGUACUGCAGCAGUGGUGUGAUUUAAAAGGGAGUCAUUUUUGUCCUGUGACAGUUUUACUUCUUGGACCUUUUAUAUUUGGACAUCACUGGAUACUUAUGCCCAUUUUUAAUGAAUGAAUUUAUAGCAUUUUAAAGAUGACAAGGAGGUUUUUAUUUAUUUAUUUAUUUUUUAAUUUUUUUUGCUUUUUCCAUCAUUGUUGUAAUAUUUUGUGUACUUGGAUAAAUUCUGAUUCAUCAGCAUUUGGAGACGUCUAUAAUGUGAAGUACCCUGUGUUUCUUAAAACAACAAAUGAGACUCUGUUGGUUUUCAGACACUAUUCAACAAUCAAAUAAAAACCUUAUCUGUGAUCAGCA